UCCAAAUGCUAGCUUAUUGAAAAUAGCAGUAGUCGUGUAACAAAGGCUCCUGAUUUCUGUUUUUUCUAACUACCGUCUAUCUGCCGUCCGCCCCUCGCCGCCGUCCUCGCCUCCUCCGGUCGCCUGUGGCCACGGCCUCGCCGCGUCGGACCUCUCCGUCCAAGCACCGCAACCUGCAAGCGCCAAGCAGGCAGCACAGCAGCAGCAGUUUCCAACGACAGGUCUCUGGGUUUUGCGCUCUACAGAAAGACAAAAUGGCGCUAAGUUCCAAAUCAAUGCAAGUUUAUGGUUACGAUCUGUUGCUGGGGUUGAUUGCUGCAUUUUACGUGCUCAUGGUGCCUUACACUAAGGUUGAAGAAAGUUUCAAUGUUCAGGCAAUGCACGACAUUUUGUACCACCAGCAUCAUACAGAAAAGUAUGAUCAUUUGGAAUUUCCUGGAGUAGUCCCUCGUACAUUUAUUGGCUCCAUUCUUGUAUCAACUCUAGCUUCUCCAUUUGUGCUAGCCGCUAGUUUAUUGCAUUUUCCAAAGCUAUACAGUCUUUAUGCAGUUCGUUUGGUGUUAGGCUUCAUCAUAUUGACUUCAUUGCGAUUCUUCCGUAUUCAGAUCAGGAAGAACUUUGGAUCUCAAGUUGAAGCUUUUUUUGUAAUAUUGACUGCAAUUCAAUUUCACAUGCUGUUCUACUGCACACGCCCCCUUCCUAACAUUUUGGCAUUUGGCUUAGUUAACUUGGCGUAUGGGUAUUGGUUUCAGAGAAGGUUUUAUGCAGCAUUAAAUUCUUUGGUUUUUGCUACCAUCGUCUUCAGAUGUGACAUCUUGUUACUUGUUUCACCUUUGGGGCUUGAACUAUUGCUGUCUAGAUCUAUUUCAUUGCGGAAAGCUGUAAUAUCGUGCUUGAUAGCUGCUUGCUCUUUCAUAGGUUUGACAGUGAUGGUUGAUUCAGUCAUGUGGAGGAGGAUGUUAUGGCCUGAGCUGGAAGUCUUUUGGUUUAAUUCAGUGUUGAAUCGAAGUUCUGAAUGGGGUACUCAUGCUUUCCACUGGUACUUCACAUCAGCUCUUCCCCGCUCGUUGCUGGUGGCAUAUCCGCUGUCUGUGCUGGGCUUAUUACUCGACAGAAGGAUUCGGUUCUAUAUUAUUCCUAUUUUUUCUUUUGUUACACUUUACUCAAAGCUUCCACACAAGGAACUCCGAUUCAUUAUUAGCUCUGUUCCUAUCUUUAACUUGUCUGCUGCAAUUGCUGCUAGCAGAAUCUACAACAAUCGGAAAAAGAGUUUGUGGAAAUAUCUUAACAUUGCCAUGCUGGGGUUGUUCCUGAUCAGUCUAGGGUGUACAAUCUUGACAUUUAUGGCAUCGUACGAGAACUAUCCUAGUGGUCAUGCCCUAAAAGCUUUGCAUAAGAUGGGGCAUUUGGGAAACAAUUCAAAUGAAAUCUGGGUUCACAUCGACACAUUCUCAGCAAUGAAUGGAAUCUCGCGCUUCUGUGAAAAUCAUGAGCCGUGGAGGUACUCUAAAGAAGAAGGGAUUUCUCUUCCAGAAUUUCAGAGAAGAAAUUUUACUUACCUUUUAAGCGAGCAUGCUCAAAUAAAUGGCUACAAGUGUCUACUUAGCACGACAGGGUUUUCUGGGAUUCGUCUUCAUGCUGGGUUUCCACCCAUAUCGCUGGUUAAAAUUCCGAAGGUUUAUGUACAUGGAAAUGCGAAGAACGACAAAAUAAUUUACAGAAGCUGGCCGGGAUGCUGAUUUACAGAUCAUAGAGAGGCCAUCCACCAAUCCUCCAUCACCACCACCUCCGCUGCCCUCCACGAACGACGACGAAUCGAAAGAUUGGUCGAGAAAGAAGCUCUAUACCGUAGCCUUUUCUUUCCCCUUUAACAUACCAUCAAGCCCAGAAUCCGGUGUGAUUAGGAUAGUGAGAAACGUCGAAAGCUUCAGUUUAUACUACGCAACGUUUGUAUGGACCGUGCUCUUCAUUGCCCUCGUCCCGGCCCGUAAGGUCUCCAUCGUGUACCUCGUUGCCACCACUGAAGUGGCGUUUCUGUACUCGCUUCUGAUGCGUGCUCUCCCUCUGCAUCGGAUUAUCGACACGAGAAUCGUGUUUUUUCUCCUCUUUGUCGCGGCGGCAGUCGAGCUCAUUCUCACGGAUGCUGCUCCUCAUCUCUUUAUAGUCCUUGCUGCCACCACGCCCGUCAUUAUACUUCACGCAGCGUUGAGCAAGAGGGACGCCGCUGUCGAGGAGGAGGUCGGAGAGAUGGUGCGCCUAGUCAAAGAAAAGUUCGGUGGCGGCCGUGGCGACGGCGGUGGUGACGACAAGGCUGCUGCUCAGCUGGAGAAUUUGGUCUGAAAAUUGUUGAGUUUUUCGAUUCUGUAUUUUCUCUUCAAUCAGUAAUAUAAAUCAUAGCCCAAAUGUUCCCUUUUAA